AUGAUCGCAGGAUCCGACACAACUGGCAUCAGCCUCUCAGCUGUGCUGUACUAUCUACUCAAGAACCCCUCAUGCAUGGACAAGCUACGAGAAGAAGUUGAUACGUUUACUGCCAACGGCCAGAUAUCGACUUAUGUCACUAAUAAAGAGAGCCAGGCAAUGCCGUACCUGCAGGCUGUGAUCAAGGAAGCCUUGCGGUUACAUCCAGCAACUGGGCUACCACUUGAGUGUGUGGGGCCCAAGGAGGGUGCUACUAUUUCCAGGCCUUUCUUCCCAGAGGGUGCGAUUGUCGGGAUCAAUACCUGGGCUGCGCAUAGAGAUCGCGGUGUCUUUGGACAGGAUGCGGAUUCGUUCUCGCCCGAGAGAUGGCUGCAAGAUGAUGAAGAGCGCGUCGCUUUGAUGAAUCGAUUCUGGAUGCCUAUAAGCUUACCCCCCAACCUUUGCAAGCCACUUCGAUCUGGGUCGCACGUCGACUUGCAAUUUUGGCAUUGGAUCUUGUACAUGCAUUGGUCGUUAUAUUUCCAUGCUUGA